UAGGUACUAUAAACAUAACAAGGCGUGACGUGAAUAUCCGCACAUAUUGUUCUAGUCUAACGUGAAACUUCGCCACUUACCCAACGUUGUUCCUCAAGGACACCCUGUCACCACCACCACCACCUUGUUAUUUCCAAAUUCUUCCAACAAGGGAAACUUGAUACUAUCGUUGCUUUCUGGUUUGCUAUAUAUUCAAAGCUUAACACUAAACAAUCCUAUUCAAUUCAUCAAUACCUGCCAGAACCAGAAUCAGAACCCAAUUGCCACCCAAGUUUGUUGGUUGUUGCUUGCACUGUGUUUGUAGCCAUGGGAGAAGAAGAUUCCAACUUGAACAAAGUCGAAUCACAGACAGAGUUCGUGGACUCUGUUUCUGAACAGGAACCCCAAGUAGAAGAAAAGGAAUCAGAGAAACCAGAAGCUGUCACCCAAGAGGAACCUCAUAAGGAGGUUCCUUCUCCAAUCGUUCAAAAUGUUGCUGAUGAUGAUGCUAAAAAAGUUACAGGGGACUCAGUUGACAGAGAUGCUGCGCUUGCAAGAGUUGUAACAGAGAAAAGAUUGGCUCUGAUUAAAGCAUGGGAAGAAAGUGAAAAGACAAAAGCAGAGAACAGGGCAUACAAGAAGCAAUCUGCCGUUGGAUUGUGGGAGGAAAGCAGGAAAGCUUCUAUAGAGGCAGAACUCAAGAAAAUUGAGGAAAACUUAGAAAGAAAGAAGGCUGAGUAUGCUGAAAAAAUGAAGAACAAAAUAGCUGAAAUUCACCAGGCAGCAGAGGAGAAAAGGGCAACCGUUGAGGCGAAUAAAAAGGAAGAGUUUCUUGAGGUUGAAGAAACAGCUGCAAAGUUCCGUAGCCGUGGAGUCGCGCCAAAGAAGCUUUUUGCAUGCUUUAGCGCCUAAGUGUUUUCAACCUCAGCUAAAUAAAGGACGCAUUGGACUGAUUAAAGUGGUUUUACAUUUAAAAUGUGCUCCAGAGUGUUUGCUACAUGUAAUGUUUGAAAUGAACCAUUGGAUUGGUCAUUUGUUUCUUAAGCUAUAUGUUUUUUGCUUGAUUGAUAUUCACACAAAUAAGAAUUCGUCAAUUCCAUUUCCCUUUGUUUUGGCCAA